AUGGAUUCCUUAUCUAAAACUGCAGAUAUUGAGACUGGUGUUGGUGGGUGUAUUAGUGAGGAAGAAGAUGAAGAAGAACAAAGGGCUGUUGAUUCCAAGACUUCCUGCAGGUCUUUGGUAAGAACUAAUGGAUCCACUGAAACAACUAUGAACAACAUUAGCAACGUUCAUGUUUUGGAUGAUGUGAAAUUGUUUGAGACAAGAACUAAAGUAGUUAAGGAGAAAAAAUCGUCUAAAAAACCUCUAAGGCCUCCUCGAUCUUCAAAACCUUUGUCACUUGAUGCUGCUGAUCAGAAGCUAAUCAUAGAGAUUUCUCAACUUAUAAUCUUGAAACGGGCUAGAGUUGAGAGAAUCAAAGCACUCAAGAUUAAAUCUGCCAAAGCUACAAGGUUGAAACUCAAGGUUGAAUCACAGUAUGAAACCUAA